AUGCUUACAAAGGUUCCAUAUGAGUGGCAUGUAAAGGCAUUAGUUUCUGAUAAAAAAUCUGUAUAUAAUAAAGUUGAAGCAAGAAAAACAAUUUUAGAAAUUGGAUUAUAUUUAUCAGUAUUGGAUGCAACAUGUGUUGCAAUUAAUACAAUAAAUAGUAUUGGAUUUUCUGCUUAUUAUAUAAUAGUUAAUAAUUUUAAACAUAAAAUUGCCAAUGAACAUUCAUUAAAUAUCAGAAAAUUUCUCUCUGAACAUAGUGACCAUUUGUACGUUUAUAAUCUAAAUAAUUAUCAUGAUAUACAUAAAAAAAGAAGACCAGAUGCCAUAACUUUAUCUACUGCCAAACAUAUGGCCACUUGA